AUCACUGGUAGCCUGACCCCACCGACUGACGAGGAUGAUCCCCUGAUCCUACGAGCCGAUAACCAAGUUGUCACCCCUACACCAACUCAGCCCGGGAUGGUCACGUCAUGCGACCAGUUCUACUCUGUCGUUCCAUCUGAUACUUGUCUGGAAAUUGCCGGGCACCACGACAUCAGUCUUGAGCAAUUCUACGAUUGGAACCAAGGCGUGGGGCAGAAUUGCGAGUCGUUGCUAGCGGGAGACUAUGUCUGUGUU